UGCUGCUUGCUUGCUGGAGAGGCGUUCUCGGGUUAGAAUUAUCGUGCGGCCACGAGGUCUCCCGAGCUCGCUUGCAAACGCUGGUGCCGGUCAAAAUGUCGCAACCAUCCCCCCAGGCUAAGCCAUCCAACCCUAGUAACCCCAGAGUCUUCUUUGACGUAGACAUCGGAGGGGAGCGAGUUGGCCGAAUUGUCUUAGAAUUGUUUGCAGAUAUUGUACCCAAAACUGCAGAAAAUUUUCGUGCAUUAUGCACUGGAGAAAAAGGCAUUGGGCCCUCCACUGGGAAGCCUCUAUAUUUCAAGGGAUGUCCUUUCCAUCGAGUUAUUAAGAAAUUUAUGAUUCAGGGUGGAGACUUUUCAAAUCAGAAUGGGACAGGUGGAGAAAGUAUUUAUGGUGAAAAAUUUGAAGAUGAAAAUUUCCAUUAUAAGCAUGAUCAGGAAGGUUUGCUGAGCAUGGCAAAUGCUGGCCCUAAUACGAAUGGUUCUCAGUUCUUUAUCACAACAGUUCCAACUCCUCAUCUGGAUGGGAAACAUGUGGUGUUUGGUCAAGUAGUUAAAGGAAUGGGCGUGGCAAGAAUACUGGAAAAUGUAGAAGUCAAUGGUGAAAAGCCUGCCAAACUGUGCGUUAUUGCAGAAUGCGGAGAACUGAAGGAAGGGGAUGACUGGGGAAUAUUCCCUAAAGAUGGUUCUGGUGACAGUCAUCCUGACUUCCCUGAGGAUGCAGAUAUAGAUCUAAAAGAUGUCGAUAAGAUCUUAUUAAUAGCAGAAGACCUAAAAAACAUUGGAAAUACUUUUUUCAAAUCUCAGAACUGGGAGAUGGCCAUUAAAAAAUAUACAAAAGUUUUAAGGUAUGUGGAAGGUUCAAAGGCUGUUCUUGAGAAAACAGACAGAUCCAAGCUGCAACCUGUAGCUUUAAGCUGUGUGCUGAAUAUUGGUGCUUGUAGACUGAAGAUGUCAAAUUGGCAGGGAGCAAUAGACAGUUGUUUGGAGGCUCUUGAGAUAGAUCCAUCAAAUACCAAAGCACUGUACCGUAGAGCUCAAGGAUGGCAAGGAUUAAAGGAAUACGAUCAAGCACUGGCUGACCUUAAGAAAGCUCAGGAGAUAGCACCAGAAGAUAAGGCUAUCCAGGUGGAACUGCUGAAAGUCAAACAAAAGAUAAAGGCACAGAAAGACAAAGAGAAGGCAGCAUAUGCAAAAAUGUUUGCUUAACAGGGAAUUCAGUUUGCCUAAAUAAAUACAUUGAUUGUAUAUAGGCAAUAAGAAAACCUAAGAAGGAGUUUUAUCUAUUAUGUAUGAUCCCUGAUGUGUUGACACUUCAGUUCUCCACCAUUUUCAGUUCAACCAUUUACAUUUCAAGAGUAUGAUAAGUGUUCACUCUUAACAAACAGUGCUAUAAAACACAGUGAAGUUGAUUUUUAAAAAAUGGUUAUCUGCAUUAUUCACAAAGACUAAUGGUCUCCAACCUAUUUCUAAAUUCUGAAAGAAAUGUCUGACUGAAUAAACAGAUGAAAGCUUAAGUUCA